GUGUCAUUCCGUCAAAAUUUGACAAUUUUCGUAAUAAUCUUUCUGCAAGUGUAUGGGAGUAAAAUUCAAUUAAUUUUGUGGAUAAUCGUAUACAAUGGCAGAUCGGCUGUUAAUUCACGAUGAUAUUAAACUAUACACAACUUCAGACAAAUUCUACCUGGAGCCUCACAUCAACCCUACAGAGAUUUUGGUCAUAGACAGAGUGACAGGGGAGGCUUCUGUCAAAGAAUAUGGGACAGUCAAAAUUCCGAUUCCAGUGAGCGCUUACAAACCAGUUUGCGGCUUCCUUGGCACCAUCAAGCUGAUAUCUGGCCUGUAUCUUGUGGUAGCAAAGUACAGAAUACUGGUUGGCAGACUCAAUGGACACGAUAUAUACCAGCUGGCCGGUUCAGAUGUCAUACCGUUCGCAAGAACUACCACGCAUCUUACAAAUAAACAGAUCGAGGAUAACAACACAUACGUGCGCAUGGUUCAAGCGCAAUUGGCUACUCCCGGCAUGUACUUCUCGUACGGACACGACCUCACACACUCGCUGCAGCGACUGCACUCCGUUGCAAACGACUUCCACAAGAUGUCGCUAGCGAGCCGCGCCGACCAGCGUUUCCUAUGGAACGGACACUUACUGAGAGACUACUCGCACGAGCAGUUUGCGAGGUUCGCGCUGCCGCUCAUACAAGGCUUCGUAUCAAUAAACCACGUGGCGGUGAACGGGCACCAGCUGAGCUGGUCGCUGGUGUCGCGGCGCAGCGUGCAGCGCGCCGGGACCAGGUUCUUCAUGCGAGGGGUCGAUGCCCAGGGCAACGUAGCAAACUUCGUAGAAACCGAGCAGAUAAUCGAGCGUGGCGGGGAGAAGGCUUCCUUCAUCCAAACGCGUGGCUCCAUCCCGCUGUUCUGGUCGCAGCACCCCAACCUCAAGUACAAGCCGCUGGUGGCGUUGGCACACGAGGACCACGUGGCUGCAUACACCAAGCACCUUCGAGAACAGCAAACGCGCUACGGCGGACAGGUUCUCCUCAACCUGAUCGACCAGUGCGGCAAAGAAGAGGCAUUAGAGCGAGGCUACCGCGCGGCCGUGGCGGCGGCAGCGCUACCAGGCGUCCGCUACGAGCCUUUUGACUUCCACGCAGAGUGCAGAGGGAUGCGCUACCACCGGCUGCAUGUGCUCAUCGACCGGAUUGCGCACGAACAGACUGAAUUCGGCUACUUCCUCUCCCGCGGCGGCUCCGUGCUACUACGUCAGACCGGCGUGUUCCGCACCAACUGCGUCGACUGCCUAGACCGGACCAACGUGGUGCAGUCGCUGCUGGCGCGCCUGCAGCUGACGGCUGCGCUGCGUCUGCUAGCAGUCAGCGGAGACGAGCCGCACCCCGCGCUCGACCAGCUGUUCAAUGAGGUGUGGGCCGACCAUGCCGACAUGAUUUCCGUCCAGUAUUCUGGCACGGGCGCGCUCAAGACGGACUUCACUCGCACCGGCAAGCGGACGCAUCUCGGACUGUUGCGGGACGGCGUCAACUCGCUGACCAGAUAUUACAAGAACAACUUCAGCGACGGGUUCCGGCAGGACUCGAUCGACUUGUUCCUGGGCAAGUACGUGGUGGCGGACGGCGAGGGCAACACCGUACAAUGUCCGCUGAGGAGGGAUCGCGACUGGAAGUACAUCACGUUCCCAUCGGUCCUACUGGUCGCCAUGUCGAUGUUCAUGGCGAGCGCCACACUGCCUUCCCGCUACAGCAGCGAGGUGCUGAUGUAUUUGAUGUUCUGGGGAGCGUGUGUGGGCGCAACACUCACGUUCAUCUUCAAACACGGCAAAGAAUUCGUCGACUGGCCGCGUUUGGACGCGGGCGGUCUCGCCGCGUCUCGCUCGCUGCCGCCGCCGUCGUUAUGAUCCGCGAGUGCCCGCUCGUAGUCGUCGUCUGACCCCGCCCCUACCC